AUGUCCGAUAUUCGUGUUGUAGUUGGAAUAGAUUUUGGAACAACCUAUUCGGGAUUCGCGUACUCGCACAAAGUAAACCCUGACAUUGAAACAAAUCAAUUUUGGCCACCAGAAGCAUCAUGGAAUGGCGCAAUCGACAAAUUUAAAAUCAACACAGUAUUGAUGUAUGAUGAAAAUGGCGAUAAAGUUAAAUUAUGGGGUUAUAAAGCCUUGGCCAAUAAAAAAACGAGAAGACGUAACGAUGACUCAAAAGAUGCUAGACCUGUUGAAUUAUUUAAAUUGCAUCUAGGAAGAGAUAUAGAAACUUCAGAAAACUUGGAAUCAAGAUUAAACGAAGUUUCUACACAGAAUAGUUUCAAUUAUAAAAAAGCUGUUUCUGAUUAUUUGGGUGAAAUGGAUACCGUUCAAAGAAGAUGGGAUAAUUUAAACUUUUUCGAAAAUGUCUUAAUAGUUUUAACUGUGCCAGCGGAAUUUACUGAUAAAGCAAAAUUUAUUAUGAGAGAAUGUGUAUUCAAGGCAGGUUUAAUUAACGAAUUACACAGCGAAAAUUUACAACUUAUAACUGAAUCUGAAGCCGCUGCAAUUUAUUGUAGAAAAGUUUUGGAUGAACAUUUUGAAGUUCCUUUUGGAAAAUCAUUUUUAAUUGUAGAUUGUGGAAGUGGAACAGUUAACCUGUCAGUUUGUCGAUUAUUAGAUGAUCAUAGUAUUAGUUUAGAAGAAAAAACAGAAUGUUCAGGAGAUUUUUGUGGUGGAGGCUUUGUUGAUCAAGAAUUUGCUAAAUUCCUUGGUCAAAAAGUAGGACACCAUGCCUUGAAAUCUUUUAAAGAAAACCAUUAUGGUCGAUAUCAAUUUAUGAUUCAUGAAUUUUUUCAUAAAGAAAAACAUCGAUUUGAUGGCAACGAAAGUGAAUUUGAAACGAUCGACUUUGACCUACAAGAUUACACACCAUUGUUAAUCGAUUAUAUCACUGAUGAUUUGUUGAAAAGUAGAUUGGAAGUGGAUGAAUGGCAAAUCACAUUGGAAUUUCAUCAUAUGAAAUCAUUUUUUGAUCCUGUUAUAAAUAGAAUUAUUGGAUUGAUAAAUAAACAAUUAGAAAAUGCAAAAGAAUGUUCUGCAAUGUUCUUGGUUGGUGGAUUCUGUGAGUCGAGAUAUUUACAAAAUGUGAUCAAAAAAGAAUUUCACGAUCGAGUCAAGAAUAUUUCCGUGCCUCGUCAUCCUAUGUUAGCUGUUGUUAAAGGUGCAGUGGAAUAUGGUUUGAAUAUGAAGUGUGUUAAAAAUAGAGUGUUGAAAAACACUUAUGGUGUCAUGUUAACUGUAACUCGUGGUACUAAAGUUGAUGUCGACGAAGAAUUCUCUGUUAUUAGUACACCAUUACAUCCUAGUUCAAAAACCAUGUCUAUUGAAAUUUUUGAAACAUUAAGUCGUGCUCCUAAAUUUUUUGAUGAACCUAGAAUGAGACAAUUAGAAAAAAUUAAAGUUGAUUUACCUGAAAAUCCAAAUUCAAAUGGAGCAUCUUCAUCAAGUAGUGACAACAUCCAAGAUAAUUUAGAUGAUGAUGUGGAUGAUAAACGUUGCGUUGAAAUAAUUUUACGUUUUGGUGAGACAGAAAUAAAAGCUAUGGCUAAAGUAAAAGGAACUGGCGAAAUUCGUCAAGCACUAAUAAAUUUAGGAUUGUAA